AUGAAAUUAAUGGUGAGCAAAUGUGGACAUUCAUUGUGUGAAAAUUGUGUAGAAAAUAAAUUUAGUAAAGGCGUUGGAAAUUGUCCAACAUGCAAAAUUGAAUUGAAAAAAAAUGGAUUUCGAUAUCAAAUAUUUGAAGAUCCAUUUGUAGAACUUGAAAUUGAUAUUCGAAAACGUAUUCUUAAAGAUUUCAAUCGAAAAGAACAAGAUUUUGAUUCACUCGAUGCUUAUAAUGAUUAUUUGGAAAUGGUCGAAACUUAUAUUUUUAAUCUUACAAACAAAACUGAUGUGGAAGAAACUGAACGAAAAAUUAAUGAAUAUAAAGAAGCAAAUAAAGAAGUAAUUACUAAAAAUCGAGGCAAAUUGAGUAAUGAUGAAAUAUUUAUUGAACAUUUAAUUGAACAAGAACGUACAGCUGAAGAAAUGCGUAAAAAAAUCUAUGAACAAGAACUUCAAAAAGAACAAGAAGCAAAACAACGUGUUAAACAUGAUCUUAUGGAAGCAUUACUUCAUUCAACUGGUAAUGUUAAUCAAGUACUUAAAAAAGGUAUUGAAGAUCUUGAAAAAAAACGUAAAGAAGAUGUUCAACCAAUUAUGCCUAAUAUGAUUAAAAGAGAAGAAGAAAUUCUUAUAUCAUUAUCAAAUGAUCAAAAUCAACAACGAUUAUUUGAAUAUAUUCCACCUAUUUAUGAUCAUCAAGGACCAUCAAUUCCUGAUAAAAAUGAUCUUGAACAACUUGGAUACUUAGAUCAUGUUCGUCAAGAAAAACCAGUUGAACGUGCUGGUGGUUAUACAAGAGAGUAUCCAUGUUUACGUGCUAUAGAAGAAGCAUUUGAUAUGUUGUUAUUUGUAAAAGAAAAUUCUUUGAUUGAUACUAAACAAGGACCUACAGAUGAAAAUGAAUCUAUGGAAACUUAA